GGGGCGGCGAUUCACAGAUUAGCGGGGGGAGACAUGUUUCCUGGCCGAACUAUUUUCAAGGGUGCAAGCUCGGAAGCUGGGAUUCAGGAAAAUAAACAUGUUCACUUCUCGGAUUUAUACCUUAGUUUUAGUGGUGAAGUCUCAGCAAAUUCUUCUAGGAAUGAAGAAACGUGGCUUUGGAGCUGGGAAAUGGAAUGGAUUUGGAGGGAAAGUAGAAGAUGGAGAGACUAUUGAGGAAGGAGCCAAGAGGGAACUACUGGAGGAGAGUGGACUGUCCGUGGACACUCUGCAGAAGAUAGGAAAAAUCACAUUUGAAUUUGUAGGUAACACAGAGCUGAUGGAUGUUCACAUCUUUUAUGCGGAUAGUUUUCACGGGACUCCAAAAGAAAGUGAUGAAAUGCGUCCCCAGUGGUUCCAGUUGGAGCAGGUUCCUUUCAGAGAUAUGUGGCCAGAUGACAGCUACUGGUUUCCACUAAUGCUCCAAAAGAAGAAAUUCCAUGGAUAUUUUAAGUUCCAGGGACAAGAUACUAUCCUAAGCUACACAUUGAAUGAAGUGGAAAUUGUCUAAAAAGAGAGAAACCGGUGCCUUUAACAGGAUAUAUUUAAGUCUAUAUGGGCAAGGGAAGUUGGCUGUUAUAUAGCCUCAAUUUAUUUAGGCUGUGUGGAAUUUAGGGAAGGGUUUCACUGUCUUUAAUUUUUAAGGCAAUUUAAUACCUGGUAUCUGUUUGGGGCACAAGAAGAUAAUGUAAGACCACGAAUUAUUUUCUUGCAAUUGUACCUGUCACAUAGUAAGAGCCCCCAGGAAUGGCUCAUAGGUUGAAUGGACCAGGAACCACAAGGGUCAUUUGGUUCAAAGUGUUAAAAGUAUGGGACUGAUCCAAGGUGCAGUAUUUGUCAAAGAAUCAUGCUAAUAGCCCACACUAGGGGGCAACAGCCACCACAGAGAAGUGGGAUGUUUCCUAUAUCCUAGAACCAAGAGGCUUCUUUCUUUUCCUGUUGAAGAUUUUGACAGAUAAUGAAAAAUAAAAACAUGG